AUGGCUAUGAAACUUUACGGUGCCGUUGGUUCAACCGCUACUCUCCGUGUUAAGGCUUGUCUCGCUGAGAAGGAGAUCGAUUAUGAGUUCGUUACAAUCAACAUGAGCAAUAAGGAACACAAGACUCCUGAAUUUCUGUCCCGUAACCCGUUCGGUCAGGUUCCGGCGCUUGAGGAUGGUGAUCUCAAGCUGUUUGAAUCAAGGGCCAUUACUAAAUACCUGGCUCUCACCUACCCCGAAAACGGAACCAAUCUGAUGAUGCACGACAAAAAAACAAUGGCAGUAGUUGGCGUGUGGAUCGAAGUCGAGUCACAAAAAUUCGAGCUGAUUGGAUCAAAACUAGCAUGGGAGCUAGCAUACAAACCCAUGUUCGGUUUGACAACCGACGACGCUGUUGUGGAAGAGAACGAGAAGAAGCUGGAGCAAGUGCUCGACGUGUACGAAUCACGGUUGUCCGAAAGCAAGUAUUUGGGUGGUGAUGUCUUCACAUUGGCGGAUCUUCACCACCUUCCUGUUUUGAAAUUUUUGUUUGGAACAAAGGUGAAGAAGCUGUUCGACGCGCGAUCACAUGUCAGCGCGUGGGCUGCUGAUAUCCAGUCCAGGCCUGCUUGGGUGAAAGCAACCACGGCUUGAUUGAUUUUGUGGUGU